UAACUUAAAAAGCUCAUGUCUAAUCUAAGUUGUAUUACUUUUCUUUUCAGUGUAUGUGAAGAAGCUCUUAUGGACUUUGAUGGGUUGGUGGCUUGCCAAACUUCACUUGGUACUGCUGCUGUUAUUGUAAUGAAUAAGCAGACAGAUAUUGUGAAAGCUAUUGCACGCCUUAUUGAGUUUUACAAGCAUGAAUCCUGCGGUCAGUGCACACCAUGCCGCGAGGGAGUAUCUUGGAUGUUCAAGAUAAUGAGUAGAUUUGUGAAAGGUGAUGCUCGACCAGAAGAAAUUGAUGCCCUAUGGGAAGUUUCCAAGCAGAUAGAAGGUCACACAAUAUGUGCUCUGGGUGAUGGUGCUGCUUGGCCAGUUCAGGGACUAAUUCGACACUUCCGGCCUGUCCUUGAGGAAAGAAUGGCUAAUUUCGCUGCUUCCAAAGAGGCAGUGGCAAAUUAGUUUCCUUGUUCAGAAAAAGAAAGUAGUGAAAUUUCAUAUUACAGUAUAUCUGUGUAUGCGAAUAAAGCUCAUCCUUUAUUUUGCAUCUUAAUUUUGUAUAAAUUAUUUAAUUAUCAUAGUUAUUUUUUUGGCUCAAAAUUUAAUGGCUUUUAUUGACAUAGUUUGAGGUGAGGAACUUAACACAUUGUUCCUACAUCUGCUAUAAAGAAUUUUGGAUUUAUAUAAGAUUAAUUUGUAGGUACUUUUGAUUUUUUCGAUUAUGUAUGAGUACUGUACUGUAAAGUGAAACAUAUUGAUGAAGUGAUACAUUUUUGUACAUAUACGUAUUACAAAUAUAUUGUAACAUACCAAGUAUUCUGUAUUUAUUGAUAAUAAACAAGUAAGGAAAGUAA